AUGACUCUGAUCAUCCGCUUCUUGAUGUUUUUCUCAAAACUGAUAAACCGUUACACAGUUGUCAUAUUACUUCUGCUAAGGUUGUGGCCAUUGUGGCACGGUUGGAUCCAUGUAACGUCACUGGACCUGAUGGUAUUCCUGUCAUUGUUCUUCAGAAAUGCUCUCCUGAGUAGUCUUCGUUUUUAUCCAGGCUCUUCCGAAAGUGUAUCUCAGAAUCUUGUUUUCCUUCUUUAUGGAAAUCCCCGACUGUUGUUCCUGUCUAAGAACUGUGGUGAUCGAUCUAAUCCUGGUAAUUAUAGACCAAUUAGUCUACUACCAAUCAACAGUAAAGUUUUUGAGUCCUUGAUUAAUGACUCUCUUGUAAAAUAUCUUGACUCAAAUCGUUUAUUCUCCGACUCUCAAUAUAGUUUCCGUACUGGACGGUCUACUAUUGAUCUUCUCACUGUUAUAUCCGAGCGUGUUUAUUGUGCCUUGAAUGUAUCUGGUCAAGCUAGGGUAGUUGCUCGUGACAUCUCUAAAGCAUUUGAUAGGGUUUAG